CCAUAUUUAUACGAGGUGCGCACUCCGAACUUUAAACAUUCGGGACCCACCGCACCGGCAACACAUUGGUUGGGACAUAUCCAAAAUAUCAGCACAAUGAUGAAGAUUACUUUGUUCGCUCUGGCCACGCUGGCGCUCGUAUGUGCUGUGCCUCAGGACCAGCCUGCAGCUGCUGGAGCCGCGCCGGUCGCGAUCGUGAAGCAGGACUCUGAAGUAAACAUCAAUGGAUACAAUUUUGACUUCGAAACAAGUGACGGCACAGCCCGACAGGAACAGGGUGAAUACAAGAACGACACCGACCAACAAGGUCUCGCCGUGAAGGGCAGUUACAAGUACGUGGCUCCUGAUGGACAACACAUCUCCGUGACCUUCGUGGCCGACAAGAAUGGCUACCAGCCCACCCAGCACCUUUUCAACGAGCCUGCUCCUGGUGCUGCCCAACCCUGAAGACCACAUCAAAGCACACUUCGCUGUAACCAAAUGUUUUAUAGGAAAUAAUAUACUCUAGUCGCUAUGGUGACAUUUUUCAUUAAAAUAAAGAUCAACAUCUUGAUGACAUAA